GUCCUUGCCAAACAUUCCUUUCGCGCUACACAGGAGCAUCUGCGGGGCGCGGGGAGUGAUGCGCCAUGUUUUUCACCCCCAUCAUGGCAGCAAAGACACUAGAUAGGGAAGGUCCGCAAAUACGGAGAGGGGCCAGGCGGCCAUGUUCAGGUAGUAGUUUCCAAAUAGUACUUUACGCCCUGUCUUCUUGGCUCGCAACAACAUAUAAAUGGCUAUCGCUAGACGACAUCAUCCCCCAUCGCACUCUGGCAUCUUCAGCUUCUCAUCGUACACUCCUUUGUUACUUCCCCCCUUAACUCCCGCAACUCUAGAAGUGUCUAGUAAAGAAUGCACGUACUGCGUUUCUCUCCACCAAUCGUCGUGGCUGCCAUUGCCGGUUGCAGCGUUGUCCAGGCCACACCCAUCAGCGGACCGUCUCCGGGCCCGCAGAGCAGCGCGGCACAGAUCACUUUUAAUACGCCUAUCCCCUGGUAUAACUUUGACGUCCCUCACGGAUAUACCUACUGCCAGGCAAGCUACCCAUCUGCGAGCACCUACACUGCCGUUCCCAACGCCGAGCUCGAGCUUGUGCAGCUUGUUGUUCGUCAUGGCGACCGCACCCCAAAUGCAAUCAUACCCCACGAGGACACCACCUGGACCUGUGACGGUGUUGAUGAGGACACGUAUCUCCACAUCGCUAACCCGUCGGCCAAAAACACGACUGGGUCGUUCAAGCAGGUAAUCGAGAUCCCCAAGUGGAACGGCAAGUUCGGCUUCGAGAACCAGUUCUACAAAGGCUCAUGCGAAUCGGGCGAACUGACUGACAAGGGCAAGUUCCAGCAUUUCCAGCUCGGGUCUCAGCUGCGGAGCAUCUAUGUUGACAAGCUCAACUUCCUUCCCAAGAAGCUCUAUGACUCGGACAUCAUCCACUUCCGCUCAACAUACGUCUGGCGCACCAAAAACUCGGGCGAGAGCCUGAUUGGUAACCUCUAUCCUGGUCGCAGCAUCGAGUCCAAUGUGGCAAUUCCUCUGCACACUUACCCACAGAGCAUCGAAACGAUGCACGAGAAUCCGGCUGCCUGCCCUAAGAUCAAAACCAACCUUGCACAAAUGACUGCCUCGGCCCAAUACCAGAAUUUCCUCAAGGACCAGGCGCCCUUGAUGAAGAGGCUUCAAGAUAUCAUGGGCAUGCAUACUUCCGACUACACGACCACUUGGUACGUCAUCCUAGAUGUGUUGAUCACUCGCAAGUGCCACGGGUUCAAGUACCCGUGCAACAGCAGCGGCCAGUGCGCGACAGAAGACGAUGUCGAGCAGGUCAUCCGCAAUGCCAACUUUGAGCUGGCGUUCAAGUACCGCGACAGCUCGAUCUCACCCGAGUAUACACGCUUGGGACUCGGCUCAUUCCUUGGCACGCUCAAGGAGCAGAUGCAGAGCUUUGUUGCUGGAAACACAGGCAAGCUCAAGCUCUCUCUCUCUACUCGGCCCACGACACCACGAUUGCCCCUAUCCUCGGUGCCCUGAAGGCAUCCAACGCCGACAUGCUGUGGCCGCCGUAUGCCUCGAACCUGGCGUUCGAGCUAUGGAGGAAGAAUGAUGGCAGCCAUAUUGUGCGUGUCGUGUACAACGGCCAUGUUUUGCAGUUGCAGGAGGGCCAGAAGUGGUGCGACCUCAAUGCCUGCCCGAUCGACACAUACUACAAAUACCUCGACAACUACAUCCCAACCAACAUUAUCAAGGAGUGCUCUACACAAUAGUCUUGAAGCAGGUACAGCUCUAACAAAAUAAUUGAAAAUACACAAUCCAAA